CAUGCCACAUCAGCCGUACAAAUAGAGUUGUGUUCAUGCAAGCUUCCAAGCUCGGGCCCACGUUUAUUCAGUCACUAGGUUCAUACCAGGUUACUCCCCAGUAAAAUAAACAAGUGGGAGCUCGAUUCGUGAUCUGCUAUCGUCACACCCACCAACUACUAUGUCUUCCUUCACUUAUCAGUUUGACACACCGAGCUACAAGGGCACCUCAACGGUCUCCACUGGCCUAUUUAUCAAUGGAAAGUUUGUUGAACCUGUAGAGAAGGGCACGAUUGAAGUCGUGAAUCCGGUCAAUGGAAAGGUCAUAACCUCGGUCGCAGCCGGCACUGCUGCAGAUAUCGACAUUGCCGCUCGGGCCGCAAGGAAGGCUUACAAAGAGCGCUGGGGCUUGAAAGUACCUGGUGUACAAAGGGGUAGAAUGCUCAACAAACUUGCAGACCUCCUCGAAGCCAACGCUGAUGAAUUUGCUGCCUUGGAGGCUUUGGACGUAGGUAAAGCCUUUAGGGUGGCCCGGAAUGGUGAUAUGUCUGGUUCUAUCGCUGCCCUGAGGUACUAUGCGGGAUGGGCGGACAAGAUUCAAGGGAAAACUAUCGAGACGAACGCAAAGAAGCUGGCUUACACGCGCCACGAGCCCGUUGGAGUGGUGGGCGCCAUAGUUCCUUGGAACUUCCCUCUCACGAUGUUAUCGUUCAAGAUCGGCCCAGCUCUAGCAGCAGGAAACGCCGUCAUCGUGAAACCCUCUGAACUGACACCAUUGACUGCGCUUCGUCUCUGUCCUUUGUUUGUUGAAGCGGGAUUCCCUGAUGGUGUCAUCAAUGUUGUCAACGGCUACGGUAGUACUGCUGGUCAAGCCCUCAGUGAACACAUGGCCGUCGACAAAAUAACUUUCACAGGGAGCACACUGACUGGGCGCAAGAUCAUGGAAACGGCUUCCAAGACUAAUCUAAAAAAGGUUACUCUCGAGCUUGGCGGUAAGAGCCCCAGUGUCAUAUUCGACGAUGUAGACCUGGAGCAGACCGUAAAGUGGGUCUCACACGGAAUAUUCAUGAAUCACGGACAAGCGUGUACUGCGGGUUCCCGCAUAUUCGUACAAGCAGGGAUAUACGAUAGAUUUUUGAAGGCGUUUACUGAACAUGCCUCGUCUUUGAAAGUCGGCGAUCCGUUUGCGCGAGACACUUACCAAGGUCCCCAAAUUUCGCAGACGCAAUUUGAGCGGAUCAUGGGAUACAUCAAGUCUGGUAAAGAGGAAGGUGCAACCGUUCACAUCGGUGGGGAACGUCAUGGGAAUGAGGGCUACUUUAUUCAACCGACCAUUUUCACGGAGUGCAAGCCGAAUAUGAAGAUCGUGCAGGAAGAGAUAUUCGGUCCCGUGGCUGCGAUCAUCAAGUUCGCCACGGAAGAGGAGGCCAUCGAGCAAGCGAAUAAUACUGUGUAUGGCCUUGCUUGCUCUGUCUUCACCAGAGACAUAGACAGAGCGAUUCGAGUCGCGCAUAGUAUCGAAGCUGGUACCGCAUGGAUAAAUUGUCACAACUCCUCUGAGUUGAGCGUUCCGUUCGGUGGUUUCAAACAGUCAGGCAUUGGGCGUGAGCUUGGCGAAUAUGCCUUGGAACACUAUACAAACCUGAAGGCUGUUCAUGUUAACAUUGGACACCGUCUUUGAAAGGCAGACAUUGAAAUAUCAUCCAAGUGAUGUCUGUUCAGAAAACGAAGUACCAGAAAGCGAACUUAAAAUGACUGAAUGUAUCUAUGCUACCAUUUCUAAUGUACAACAUUCUUUCUCUAAAAUCUGUGAAAUAUGGCAGUAUUAACCACAGUGCC